UCCCCUGCACACCAUUCGCGUUCACCGACGCACCCGUUUUUCCCCGAGCUGCGCGCAUCCGUCACAUGCCAAAGGAACGGCUUGCGCCUUCUGAGAGAUUUCUUCCGUCUGUCGAGGGUGAACUACGGCUCCGGAAUUUACUUCUCCUGUGCUAAUGUGAUAGGCCCUCGUUUCCCUGAUAUCGUGCUGCUCCGAGGGUGUUGUGCAGAGUGACUAACGGAAUGAUUUGACUGUCCUAUCGGAGAGGUUAUAGCCCAGUCUACGGCAGUUCCGGUCGAGAAUCGGAUGGAAUAACGAGGAAAAUGUGAAAUGAUUAAUAUGGAGAGGUUUCGGUGGCGGAAUGCGGUCCUUUCGGUGACCAAAAGAUAAUGUGACGGGUAAGGGUUUAGGUCGAUGGUGUUGAAAUUGUGUAUAUUAGGUUAUUUAGGCCUAUCACACCUACGUUUAAACCAUCUGACACCGAUAACUUGGAAGUCUGUGCAUUUUGAAAACAGUGGCACAGACUCUGAGCAUCACGUAGUUGUCGACAGAGCAGUGGAGUAAACACCACCCUUUAUGCCUAUACAUCGUAUUGGUAAAUGUAGGCUAUAUACUGGCUAAAUGCCACUGCGUGGUGUAAGUAAAUAGCCUAAAUAGCCGUUAACAUCUGUCCUCGGCACCCGUGAAUGUCAGAGCUCCGCGCAAUAAGAUUGAAGCGUUCUAGCAUCGAAUAGCUUCGACAGCGCAUGUGGUGCGUCGCCGUGUGUGGAUAAAUGUGGAUUAAAAGCGGAAAUUCACACUUGGAUGUGCAACUGGCCAGUUCCCAUUCCACGAGAGACAGGUACACUGUAGCUGGGACUUAACACCAGCAGAUUUGCUUUCCUUUUCUCUUUUGUGUAUAUGCUCAAAGAAGACUGAUAUUGACAUGUGUUGCAUGCAUUAGCUCUUUUAUUAUUAUUAUUGUAUAACCUGACUAUUAUUCGAUACAGGCGUAGUUAAUCGAUGUACAUAGUAAAGAGCAAUAUGACCAGACAGCAGCAAUAGUUUGGGAUCUGUAAUGCACGUCCUUAUCCAAAGACACUAAUUUCAUGCUUCCAUUUAGUCACAACUCACUCACUGUGAAUUUCUUACUCGCCCAAGCUUUACACUCAGGUCAGUCACAUUAUCAAAGCUACAAAUUGGAAUAGAAUCCACAAGAGAUAUAAUAGAAUAAUAUAUAUUUCAGAGGCCUAUAUAUAUUUCAAACCCAUCGCCCAUCUCUGGAAAUUACAACACCAUUGUCUUCCUCACUUUGCACAAACUCCAUUGGACAUUGAUAGCACAUUUAAAUAAUUUAUUUUUGAACCAUAAGCCUCAUAAAGUAGUCUUCCUGUGCGUUAUGUUGGUGCGAUCAUGUGAGAGGUGAGGCAUUGAAAACAGACAUUUUUAAAAAAUAGACAAACUAAACAAAGAGUCUGGAGGGUUCUGGCCCAUCACUGUCGUCUGUGAUUAUAAAUAGAUGAACAAAGGCUUAGAGAGCAGGUUGGCUGAAACCCGAGGACCGCACGCCUGCCUACCACUCCUUUUUUGUGUGUUCACGGAGCAAUCAGACACCAAAGGGACAACCUAGAAGCACAACCAUUGCCAAGACAGAACGAGACAUACGGAACUGAGAACUGAGAGCCGAGGUCCAGAACUAAGAACUGAGUUCCAGUGCUGAUAACUGAGAUCCAGAACUGGGAACUGUCUCUGAAACCAAAACAUCACAGGUGCAUAUGUACGGACCUUGAACUGGAACUAAGAAUGACCAAGAACUGAGAACUGUAUCUGUGACCAAAACAACACAGAUGUACAGACUUUUUAUCGGAACUAAGCACUGACAUUUGAAAAGUAACAACUGUCAGUCGGAACCAAGAACUUAGGACUGUGUUUGUGACCAAAACCUCGAAGGUGUACAAAAAGAACUUUUAUCGGAAGUAAAACACUGACGCCUGAACAGUAACAACUUAAAUACGGAACCAAGAACAGACAAGAGAAAAGCGACAAAGGUGUAAAAAAAAAACAAAGAAAUUGUCCAGUGGACUAAAAGCGCAGGCAUCUUGGCAGUGUCAUCCCACAGCGCAACUCCUCAACCCUCCAACCCUGCAACCCACACCAACUCACGGCACCCCCCCCGGCCCCACAUCACUUGGCAUCAGGGAGGACGAGAGUGUGAAGAAGGGAAUAGGAAGAGGCUGAGACACUCCCUCCCUCCCUCCCUCCCUUUCUUUCCCCACACACAGAGACAGACUCCAUCUUCCCCCACUCUCAACUCCUCCUUUCGCCGGCAAUCAGGGGUCCCGUCGGGAUCCACUUGUCUCCUCUUCCUUUCCUCUUCCUCUCCUCUUCCUCUCCUUUUCCCUUUCUUUGUGUUGUUGUGUUUGUUUGUUUGUUUGUUUGUUUGUUCUCAGCACAUUUGGAGCGGGUCAGAGGCCCUCAAGACGGGCCUUACCUGGAGUGUUUGACCACUCACACGCUUACACGUGUGUGUGUGUGCGUAUGAAAGCGUGAAAGAGUGUGUGUGUUCAUAUGUGUUUGCGCCUGUGAGAUAGUCUGUGUGUGAAAAGAGAGUGUGUGUGUGAAGAAGUCUGGGAGUGUGGGAAAAAGGAGGGAGAACACGAAAGAGUGUGUUAGAGGGAGUGGAAGAGUGUGUGUCUGAGAGUGAAAGAGAGACAGACAGAGAGAAAGAGAGAGACAUCUUUUCCUCUUCUCCGUAAUGAUGAUGUCGUCUCUGCGGCUGCUGCUGAUCCCCCUCGUUCUCUAUGCGCUCCACGCUCCCCUGGGGAAGUCGGCGUGCGUGGAGGUGGACUCGGACACGGAGGCGGUGGCGGGCUCGGGCUUCAAGCUGGGCUGCAUCUCCUGCAAGAUGAGGGGAGAGGUGGAGGCCCGCGCCACCGUCAGCUGGUACUUCGUGCCCAAGGGGGAGAGUGAGUUCUCGCCGAUCUACGUGUACGACCCGAGUCAGCAGCAGCCCCCCAGCAUCCUGGACGAGCGCUUCGUGGAUCGCCUGGACUGGAACGGCAGCAAGAACACGGUGGACGUGCAGGACGGUUCCAUCUACAUCCUCAACGUCACCUUCAACGACACCGGAACUUUCCGCUGCUACUUCGACCGCUGGCUCACCUAUCCCAACUAUGAGUUCCAGACCAACGCCACCAAGGACAUCAACCUCAAAGUGGUGCCCAGGGCCACCCGUGGCUUGGCGUCCAUCUUGUCGGAGAUAAUGAUGUACGUAUCGAUCAUUGGCCUGCAGCUGUGGCUGGUGGUGGAGAUGGUGUACUGUUACCGGAAGAUAGCGGCGGCCGGAGAGGAAGCACUGAGAGAGAGCGCGGCGGAGUAUGUAGCCAUAGCUUCGGAGAGUAAGGAUAGCUGUGCAGGGGUUCAGGUGGCAGAGUAACCCACAGGUUAAAAAAGCCCCUCCAGCAUCAGGUCUAAGUGUCCAGAUCCCCACUGCCACCGUUUACAAGAACAACAGUUUCUACUGCCUGGAUCAGAAGCAGCUCUUUACACAGUACACACCGUUCUUCUCCUCAGCCAGCCAACCAGCCCACCCCCCACCCUACUCCGUCAGGACAGAAGACCACUUUAAUCAGGAGCUAAGCUAACAGGACAGAAGACCACUUCAGGAGCUAAGCUAACCUCAUUAUGCUCCCUGGCAAUCACAGGACGGCCAUCACAGCGCUCUCUCUUGUCACUUUACACCAACGUCAGGAAGAUGCAGCCGUGCUUUCCACUUCUAGAUAGGUCGGACGAUAAGGCGAUGCGCUACAAAUGGACUAAAAUGGAUUUUUAGUGAGGAACUUAAAGCGACACUAUGCAGCAUUUUCGCGGAGCAUGAAAGUGAGGAGGGACUCUUUAACGGGAUGGAUGAAUGGUCCAUAGACAGCCCCAGUGAAAUGCAUUGGGGGAGGGAAAAGUGGACUGUUUUAGGGCAACACCCUGGAAAGAAAAGCAACGGAAAGUUGCAUGGUGUCGCAACGGAUUGAAUGAAUGACAUUGCUGUUACUGUUUUUGUUGACAAUGAGAGAAAUGGAGUAAUUAUUAUAUCUAUGUGAAUAUGAUAAUAAAGUGGGCUGAUGUAUACACUAAGAGCUCUUUGUAUGAGCUCCAUAGACUAGUCACCCUAGACAUGUAUAGGCUACUGUACAACAGAGUAUUGAAACGCCUGUCUACAGGCACAACUAGAAAUCAGAUUUAUGAAGAAAUAUCAACAACAUGAAUCUACAUUCUAUAAAUACAUUAAUACAUUAAUUUUAAACAUCAGAUCUACUUGAUAGAGAUGCACAGUGUGUUGUACAUACAAAGGUGGCACGUUGAUAAGAAGGGAAAAAAGUGAAACUAAAAAUGUUUGAGUUGUUUUUCUAUGGGGCAAACUGAGGACACCCCAUAGAAGUAAGCAUGAACUUUUCAGCUGACGAGAUAGUGCUUUAUCACAGCAGGCAGCUGAUGCUGGUUGUGGUUGAUGAACUGAUGAUGAGAGAUUUCUUUUUGAAUUGUGUUGAGAAAAACAGAGCUUCCGUCUGAAAGCAUGCAUGUUUUUUAUGCAGUGACAUAAAUUGUACAUGCUUAUAGCCUCCCUGUUUCCAAUCCUAUACAAAAUAUACAUUCCUCAUUUGUAUAACUGUCUAAAAGCACACCAUUGCCAGGUAGCCGUGAACACAUACAGUAGUUACUGCUCAUCUGUAGGCCUACUCACAGCAUUCUUAUCCAUGUAACAUUCCUCACUUGUAUAUACAUAUAAUGUAUUAUUAUUAAUCAAUGCAAUUGAAGCACACAUGGCAACUGGGCGGUUUUGAUAUGGUUUUAUUUGAUUUUACUUUUUGUUUAAAAAAAAAAUGUCUCUAACUCUCGUUACACUAACACUGUAAUCUUCAAGAAAGGUUAUCCCCAUGUGAACUGAGCAUGCAUUUUAAGAUUUUAAAACUUUGUAGCAUUUCUUUCUCUCUAGAUUCUACUUAAAAAGAAAUCCAAAACGUAACAUAGGGUCUUCUCAGCGAUGCUGUGAAAUCAAGUGUUAAAGGCAUGAUGUGAAAGCAAAGGCAUAUGAGGCACACCAUGAUGUGGGUGUGUUGCUGUUGUUAAAAACGUACAAGUUGAUGUCUUAGCAGCAGUGUUUCCGGAUGUCAAUUUUCCUUGCCAGGUGCCUGCCCAGUGCCCACAUCUAAAAACUGUCUUGUUUAUUCCUUGAAAAUGUUUUCUCUCUGCCUUGAACCCUAAAGUUAAAGAAAGAAAUUGGGCUUUUUUAAAAUGAAUUCGCCUUUUUCCUUCUUUCGACUAAAAGGGCUACAUGCAGUUUUUCUAUCAUUCGGCUUUGGUGAGCAGAGCAAUCUCCACGUUCGGGAUGGCAUGUUAAAAAAAAGAAAGAAAAGAAAUGACUCACAUGUGCCUGAUGAGGAACCUGUUUUUUCCACAGCCUCCAAUAAAAAUGAAAUAUAGGGCCUUUGGGGCAUGCAGACCUAAUGCACAGAGAAAAGAAUACCCCAAACUCCGCUGUCUCGGGCCCAGGAAGGGGAGGGCCCAAAUGUGGGUCCUCAGUAUGCAUUGGGGGGGAUUUUUUAGAGGAGUUUGUCCUGGGCCCACUGAAAGCUGUCAGCGGCCCUGACAGGGUGCACUGAGGUAGUGCGGCCUUGCCUUGCCAUACAUACAUUUCCGGUCAAUUCACAUUCCCCUCCAGUUGGUAUGAGGACAUUAGCCUGGUGAAAUAGUCCAAACCCUACAUGUAGAGUAUGAUUUUUGCCUGGUGGGUUGGUCUGGCCUUGCUAGUUUUGGGUAGGGUGCGCACAUCCAAAGACACUUGUUGCAGGUGCCAGACAAAAAGUCAGACAGUUUGAAAAAGGUAGGUCUGCACACUGCCAAUCAACUCAAAAAAUAAACUUUAUUAUUCAAAAAGCAACGUUUCGAUCAAGCUGGAUCUUCAUCAGUGAUCGGCAGUGUGCAGACCUACCUUUUUCAACUGGUCUGGCCUUGCACCAUUGGGGAUAAUCAAAGCUGGGCCAUUAAUCUUGCCCGGCUCUGUACUCUGUGUAGCAAUCCAUUGGGAUGGGCUUAGCGGUUAUUUUGCCUAUGGUGUGAGCCCAGACUAUACAUUUCAUUUACUGGUAAGACCAAGGUGACGAAGUCUGUGGCAUUUAAGUUGUUCCUCUCUCUUCGCCUCCAUUUUAGCGCCCCCGGCCGGCAACGAACACUUCACUCGUCUUGCCAAUUGGAGGCAGCUUAACACUGCCAAGCCACCCUGCCAUGAUUAGGCCUAUGACUCCUUUUUCAGGAGGCGACUUUUUAAAAGAAAACUUUUAUUCUCAAAGUACCUAUGGGCACAACUUUUGUUACAUUGUUUGACAUAUUGCACCUUGGAAUAACAUUGGGUAAAAGAUUUUUACUGCAUGCCUUUGCAAAUGUAAGAUGACUUAGGGUUAGUGGUUAGCUUGUUCACUUGAAACUUGGGAGGUUGAACUUGAUCUGGCUGGGGGCCUGUGGCCCUGUGGCCGAAUUUUAACACUUUAAGAACAUCAGUGGUGCAGUGUCUGUGCACCUCCAUGUUAGCUACAGUUACUAAAAAAGUAUUAAAAACCUACGGCUCCACCGCACUUGGUAACCUCAGUAGUGACACAUUUGUUGCAUAUCAGUAGUCUUCUCUGGUAUGGUCACUAUCCCCUGCUCUUUUCACCACUUAGAGUUAUUGUGUCUUUUCGGCAUCUAGCCAUUCCAAAACUCUCCUUUUUCUGGUUCUGUUUUUGACUGAAUGUUCAGUUUAUUUGACUAGGUCAUGUCUCUCCCACCAUGACAGAUAACACAGAGUCUGUCCACAUAAACUCUGAAGGGGGCAAAAGCUACAAAGUAUGCAUUUCAUGUGUAUGUGAAGAUGUUGCUUGCCAAAUGAAGUAUGAAAAGGAUGUGAUUUGGUAUGAUUAAAAAUCUUACAAAAAUGUGUUUUUUGUGUUCUGUACUGAACAUUUGUUUGUUUGUUUUUACCUGUGAAGAAAUAAUAGCUCGAAAUGUAGGCU